ACCGUAGUGGGGCUGCAAUCCAAAAACAGAUGUGGUUUGUCAAGCAGCGGAAGGGUGCGGACUGCACUAGACUUUACUGGCAGAACACGAAGAAUUCGUAUAUCGGAGGAAGAACUAUGGCAAACAUUUCUCUGUUUUGGAAAGUACAGUGGUUAAGCGAGACCUUUCAUUCUGAGGACAGAAAAGCUAGCAAAGAAUAGGUCACUGGUGGCAACAGAAGCCCUCAAGAUGAGGUUCUCACUCAGCAUCAUCUUUCUCGGGUGGUGUCUGAUCAGCCAGAAAUGGACAACAGGAGGACAAUUUUUGCCCAAGCCUUCCAUCACAGUGAGCCCCAGUGCGGUGGUACUUGUGGGAGAAAACGCCACCAUCCGAUGUAAAAGUGGAGAAAGAUACCAACCUGCGGAAUUCACUCUGUAUAAAGAAGUGUCAGCAUCCUGGCCUUAUAUGAGCAUGGAGACAGUAGAGAGGGAUGAGGCUCUAUUUCACAUUAUUCGUGCUAAACCAUCAGAUGCAGGGACCUAUCAGUGUUACUUCCAAUUAGUCCAUCACCAACUAUGGUCAGAUUACAGUGACAAAGUACACAUCAAGAUAAAAGAAAUAGUUUAUCCUAAACCUAUCAUCUCAAUGAAUCCAAAGGAGGGAGUUCCUUUGGGUGCAGAUGUUACUAUCCAGUGUAAGAGCACAGGAUACGGACUGGCAGAGUAUUAUCUCUUGAAAGAAGGGAGCCCUGAACCAACACAAGUCAAAUGGACAGACCGGGAAGCAGUUGUGUUUUCCAUUUCUAGUGUGAUUUUAUCAGAUGGAGGGAUCUACUGGUGUGAAUAUAGAGACAGUUCAAGCUUGGCUGACCGAUACUCGCAGGCCAGUGACCGAGUGUCACUCCAUGUAACCGAUCCGAUUCUCACCAAACCCCUCAUCCUGAUGAAACAGAAGGGACCCCAUGUUCUGGGUGCGAAUGUCACCAUCCAUUGUCAGGGGCCAGAAAAGGGUCUGACCUUCCUCCUCUACAAAUCGAAGGACUUCAUAGCCUCACAGAUAGCAAAGCAAAACCAGAACAGGACUUGCUUUUCCAUCCUCAUGGUUAGGCAAGAAGAUGCCGGGAACUACACUUGCCAAUACAAAAGGAAAGGAAACCCCUUUGUGUUGUCUGAGCCAAGUGAGACUACGAAGCUGGUUGUGAAAGAUCCCCAUCUUGCCAAACCCCUCAUCCAGAUGGAACUGAAGGGACAACAUGUUCUGGGUGCGAACAUCACAAUCCAUUGUCAGGGGCCAGAAAAGGGCCUGGCCUUCUUCCUCUACAAGUCAAUGGACUUGGCAGCCUCACAGAUAGCAAAGCCAGACAGCAACACGACUACCUUCUCCAUCGUCGCAGUUAAGCCAGAAAAUGCUGGGAACUACACUUGCCAAUAUCAGGGCAAAGGAAACCCCUUUGUGUGGUCCAAGCCAAGCAAAACUACAAAGCUGGCUGUGAAAGAUCCUAGUCUUGGGAAUCCCGUCAUCGAGAUGGAACCAAAGGGACCCCAUGGUCUGGGUACAAACAUCACAGUCCAUUGUCAGGGGCCAGAAAAUGGUCUGACCUUCUUCCUGUACAAAUCAGUGGAUUUGGUAGCCUCACAGAAAGCAAAGCCAGACAGCAACGCAACAACUUUCUCCAUCCUCAUGGUUAGGCUUGAAGAUGCUGGGAGCUACACUUGCCAAUAUCAUGGGAAAGGAAACCCCUUUGUGUGGUCUGAGCCAUCUGUGCCUAUGAAUCUGGUUGUGAAAGACAGAUUCUCCACAACCAUGUGGGCAGGCAUUGCUGCAGGUUCCCUUCUUGUUGUUCUCCUCCUGCUUUUUCUCUUCAUAUUAUACAGAAAAAGGAGAAAAGGCUCAACAGCAAAUGAUAGAAAUCAACCAGUGAAUGCGCCCCAAGAAGCUGAAGCUGGAGAAGAUCCCAGUGAAGUCUCUUAUGCUGUUUUGAAUCUGAACUCCCUGAGGACCAAAAAGGCAGCCAGUCUUAACAGCAACCCUGAGCCCUGUGUCUAUGCAGUGGUGGCUAGAAAUAGUAUCAGGAAGGGCCCAUAGCCAACGUUUCUUACGGACCCUGGGUUUCUGCCAUGUUGAUGUUCUCCCGGAUCCUGCAGACAUAUAGAUACCUUCAGGCUUUUUCAGACAAGCAAGCUUACUUCUUUCUGUCCCACA